ACCAGUCCAUUUCUUCUAAGGGUUCAAGAGGCAAGUUGCGUUCUUUAGCCUUACAUCCUGGCCUGCGUAUCAGGAUUGGGGUCUGGGUGCGAAUCUAGAAGCACGAAAGCUAGAGGAAGAGACCAGAGAUCUUAAGUCAGGGGAUCGGACAUAGCUCCUGAGGCCGGCUGGAUUUCGCAUCAAGCGAAGCCUUCGACUCCAGAACCGGGGCUGGGGUGUCCUCUCGGAGGGGGCUUGGCAGCCCCUGCCACUCAUCCCUGAGAAGUGUUGAGGAAGGGUGUUUCACCAUGGCUGAGGCCACGGAGCACAAAGAGGUCGCUCUUGGUCCCCAGGGGCAACCUGAAGCUGAGAGGAUUGAGGGUCUAGGAGAACCUAGGAUUGCAGACAUGGAGGGGCGGGAAGAGAGCAAGGGAACUGCAGAGGCGCCCAGGGAGCAGGGAGCGGGCGCCGAAGCGACUGCCUCGGGGAAGGAAGCAGGAGGUAGUGGGCCGGACGGAGGGAUUGGGGGAGCGCAGGCACAGGACCCGCAGACUGGCCACUGGACGGAGACUCCGGGCGCGAGCAGAGAGCAGGGUGAAGCUGAGGCUGCAGAACGAGACCCAGAGGGCGCCGGGGUCCUGCAGGGAGCGGAGGAGGAGCCGGUCGCCCAGCAGGUGCGAGAGCCGAGCCCUGGGCUCGGCGAGCAGGGCGAGGCCCGGGAAAUCCCUGGGGCCGAUCGCCAGCAGCCGGAGGACCCUACGAGCUCAGAGGCGUGUAAGGAGGUAGAGUCCAGUCUGGAAGAGCAGGGAGGCAUUGCACAAGGGUCGCAGAUCAAUACAGAAGCCCAGGGACCUGCAGGGGACCGCAUGGACACAGAUGCACCAGUAGGAGAGGCACAGGAGUCAGGGGGUGAGCCCCAGGGUGGAGGGGAAAACAGCUCAGAGCACCAGGCUGAGGCGACUGAGGUCGCAGCCGCAAAUGUCGAAGAGCACGACCCCAGGGAGGUGGCGGGAACUGCCACCGCAGAUGCCGCGGGGGAAGCGGGAGCCCUGGGGAAAGACGGGUCGGAAGAAGCAGCUCCGGAGGAGGCCAGGGUAGACGCUGGAGAGAAUGGGAAGCAGGGCGAGCUCCAGGAGGAGACCGGGGAGGAAGAAGAGAGGCCAGAACGAGGGUUGGAGGGACGCUGUGAGGAGGGCAUCCAGGAAAAGCUCCCCGACCGCAGCCCUGAUGAGGAGGAGGCCAAAUCCACCCGGCACGACCAGUCCCAGGCGGAACUCAGCAACCACCUUGCUGAGUUGCCCAGCGCUCAGGGCGGAGAAGAAUUGGAACAAGUGAAUGGCCGCAGGCAGAACGGCCCAGCGUCCGAAGUGGGGGAGCGGGGACAGGAGCAUGACAUCACCCUCUUUGUCAAGGCUGGCUAUGAUGGCGAGAGCAUUGGAAACUGCCCGUUUUCUCAGCGUCUCUUCAUGAUCCUCUGGCUGAAGGGUGUGAUAUUCAAUGUGACAACAGUGGACUUGAAAAGGAAGCCUGCAGACCUUCAGAACCUGGCUCCCGGGACGAACCCUCCUUUCAUGACUUUUGAUGGUGAAGUCAAGACCGACGUGAAUAAGAUUGAGGAGUUCUUAGAGGAGAAGUUAGUUCCCCCAAGGUACCCUAAGCUGGGAACCCAACAUCCUGAAUCCAACUCAGCAGGGAAUGAUGUUUUUGCCAAAUUCUCAGCAUUUAUUAAAAACACCAAGAAGGAUGCAAACGAGAUUUAUGAAAAGAACCUGCUACGGGCCCUACAGAAGCUGGACAACUACUUAAACAGCCCACUGCCAGAUGAAAUAGAUGCAGACAGCACAGAGGAUGUCACCGUUUCCCGACGGAAGUUUCUGGAUGGGGACGAGCUCACGCUGGCUGACUGUAACCUCCUACCCAAGCUCCACAUCAUAAAGAUUGUGGCCAAGAAAUACAGAGAUUUUGAGUUUCCUUCCGAAAUGACUGGCAUUUGGAGGUACUUAAACAACGCCUACGCCCGGGAUGAGUUCACUAACACGUGUCCAGCUGACCAGGAGAUUGAGCACGCGUAUUCAGAUGCAGCCAGAAGGAUGAAAUGAUUUGGGUUGCUUCCUGUCUUUUUCUCAGAUGAGUGAGCGAGGCUUCCUGGAGAACCUUCUCUGCAUCUUCCCAGAAACAGCUUUUGCAAAAUGCCACUUCAGGAUGCCCGGCCUUGCCAUUUGUCUGCUCAUUCCUCCAUCUCAGCUAUGCUAAUUUAUGCCUUUGAGACUCAGUUCUCUUGUAAUCCAAGUUUAGGGCGAUCUGUUUUGUGCUCUGUUUCAAAGCACAGUGGCAAUGACUUCCACCUCCUCUAUUUUAAAGAAAUUAGUCUUUCCUUCAUAGUUUUGAUAAUCACAUAGAUAGUUUGGUUUUCUCUUCUUACAUAUUUGCUUAAAAUGAGAGGGUGUUUUAUAUUUAUAAUACUUUAGAACUGUGUUAAAGGAUAUGAAGAAAGUAAAAAAUCACCUAAAACUUAUGCUAUCUAACUUCUGAUAACAAAUUGGUGAAUAUUUCUAGAAUUUUCAGUCUUUCAUGUAUGCCUGUGUGUGUGCACGCACACACACAUACAUGCACAUCACAUAAUUUCAUUCAUUCAUGGUGCUCAUCCAUGACUACUUUCUGUCUCAUUCUGAAGCCAAGUAAGAAAACUAAAUUCCAGAAUAAAAUCCAGACAGUCCAACUCUUGAGCAAUUUUGGAAAACGGUCCUUUAACGAGGAGCGGAGGAGUGUUUGGUCCAUUGUGGCAUUCCCUCCACCAUCCCUGUGGCCACCUUACCUCAUAGCGAGGCCUGCGGGCAGGCUGCUUGGCUCCAGCCCAGGCAGGGAUGCAAGGUCACUUAGAUACUCUGCAAGACUUCUCAGGUUUGCCCCUCCACGGUCACGGGUCCUACAGGAAGCGUCUCUUGUAGCCUUGGCUGAGAAGUACGGUGGGCACUGGAAUCCGCAUACAUAGUCUGCUCAGUGGACUAUUUGUUUGAAUGCUUUAAAGCAAUAAGAUCCAGGACUGGGCAGAGAAUGUCUUGUAAGGACACAAAGUCCAAUAUGGAAGCUGCUUCAUUUCCCUGUUUCUUAGAAGCUCUGGCUUCAGUCCAGCAGUCGGUUUCUUUGUCACAGGAAGGAGUCGUGUCUAGCCCUUGUCACCACGGCCCACCUUAUUUUCAUGCCUCUUUAGGAGUCAGUUUCUAGAUCCUGCUUUUACAAAGUUGCGUUCAUACUUGGUUAAUGGGUAGAAGUUAGGGUGUUAGUCCUUUUAAU